AUGCCAAGAUCUAUCAUCUUUGCCGCGGCCGCCUUGUGCGGGCUUGCCUCAGGCGCCUUGGCCGCUGAUUGUACUUUCAGUGGUCCAGACGGGUACCUGCAGGCCAGUCAGAACAAGAACUCAUGCUCGAAUAUCGUUCUAGACAGCCUCCAGGUUCCCGGGGGAGUGACUCUGAACCUUGAGAAGCUUAAUGACGGCACGACUGUUACCUUCCAGGGCCGCACUACUUGGGCCUACGCCGAAUGGGAGGGGUCUCUCUUCUCAAUCUCUGGUAAUAAUAUUACGGUGACAGGCGCACCAGGCCACGUUCUGGACGGACAGGGGCAUCUUUGGUGGGACACUCUUGGUGGCGGAGGCGGCGUCACAAAGCCCAAGUUCUUCAAAGCAAACAACUUGAACGACUCUGUGCUCGACGGCAUCAACAUCCAGAACGCACCCAAAGAGAACUUCUAUAGUAUCAACUAUGUCAACAACCUGCUGUUGAAGGACCUUAUUUGCAACAACACCGCCGGCGAUGAGCUCAAGGAUGGGAAGACGCUUGGCCACAACACCGAUGCAUUUGACAUCAACAACGCAGUCGGCGUGGAAAUUUUGAAUGCCAAAGUAUACAACCAGGAUGACUGUGUCGCCGUGAACUCGGGCCAGAACGUCUUGUUCAGGGACGGGCUCUGUAGUGGCGGGCACGGGGGCUCAAUCGGCUCAGUCGGCGGCCGCACCAAUAAUAUCGUAUCGAACAUUACGUUUGAGAAUAUUCAGUUCGUGAAUUCUCAACAAUCCGUGAGAAUUAAAACCAUUGCCAACGAAACAGGGAGCGUAUCGGAUAUCACCUACCGCAACAUUGUCAUUGACAGCACCGCUGAUAAUGCUGACUACGGCAUUAUUGUUUCGCAGUCAUACAACGGCGUCAAGGGCCAACCAACGAACGGCGUGUCCAUCAAGAACUUUGUGCUACAGAACGUCACUGGAACGGUCUACAAGGAUGCAGUCAAUGUCUACAUAGAGUGCGGCGAAGGCAGCUGCUCGGACUGGACCUGGACGGACGUCAAGAUAACGGGCGGAAAGAAGGCAACAAACUGCCAGAACGUGCCGCAGGGAAUUUCUUGUUAA